AUGUCUCGAGCUUUCUCGAGUCUGCGCAAGCCUUUAAUAGGCUUCGCGGCCGUGGCCACCGCCGGCUCCGUCGUCUACGCCUCCCGCCGACAGAACAAGCACUCCUUUGACACGCCACUCGUCUCGCUGCAGCGCGACGCCAACGGUCGCAUCGUGCCGCCCACCUUUCCCAAGACCAAGAGCCGCGCCGACAACCUCGCGGAGCUCCGCCGCCACGCCCAGCAGGACGGCAAGGAGGAGUAUGAUCUGCUCAUCAUCGGCGGCGGCGCCACCGGCACCGGCAUCGCCCUCGACGCCGUGACCCGCGGCCUCAAGGUCGCGCUGGUCGAGCGCGACGACUUCUCGGCCGGCACCAGCUCCAAGAGCACCAAGCUCGUGCACGGCGGCGUGCGCUACCUGGAAAAGGCCGUCUGGAACCUCGACUACGCGCAGCUGCAGCUCGUCAUGGAGGCCCUCCACGAGCGCCGCACGUUCCUCGACAUUGCCCCUCACCUGUCGCACUCGCUGCCCAUCCUGCUGCCCCUCGAGCACUGGUGGCAGGCGCCGUACAUGUGGAUGGGCACCAAGACGUACGACCUGCUCGCCGGCGACCAGGGGCUCGAGAGCUCCUACUACAUGAGCCGCGCCAAGGCCCUCGCCCAGCUGCCCAUGCUGAACCCGGACAAGCUGGUCGGCGCGCUCGUCUACUACGACGGCCAGCACAACGACUCGCGCAUGAACGUCGCCCUCGCCAUGACGGCGUCCCUCUACGGCGCCACCAUGCUCAACCACGUCGAGGUCACCGGUUUGCAAAAGGACGCCAACGGCAAGAUCUGCGGCGCCACGGUCCGCGACGUUCUGGCCCAGGCCGACCCCGACGCGGGCCUCGACGGCGAGCCCUUCACUGUCCGCGCCAAGGGCGUCAUCAACGCGACUGGUCCGUUUGCCGAUGCGAUUGAGCGCAUGGACGACCCCUCGCGCAAGGCCAUGAUUGCUCCCGCUUCCGGUGCGCACAUUAUUCUCCCUGGCAACCUGUGCCCCAACGGCAUGGGCAUGCUGGACGCGGCCACCUCGGACGGCCGCGUCGUCUUUGUUCUUCCCUGGCAAAACUACACCCUCGCCGGCACCACCGACAACGCCUGCGACAUUGAGCGCCAGCCCGUGGCCCGCGAGCAGGAUGUCGACUUCAUCCUCGGCGAGGUCAGCAAGCUCCUCAAGCCCGAAUCCGUACUCACCCGCGCCGACGUCCUCGCCACCUGGUCCGGCAUCCGCCCGCUCGUCAAGGACCCCAACGCCAAGAACACCGAGUCCCUGGUCCGCAGCCAUCUCGUCACCGUGUCGCCCUCGAAGCUGCUGACCUGCGCCGGCGGCAAGUGGACCACCUACCGCCAGAUGGCCGAGGACGCCGUCGACGAGGCCAUCAAGACGUUUGACCUGAAGCCCCGCGCCGAGACUCUCGCCGGCAUCUCCGGCGCCGCCGACUUCCCGGCCAUCAAGAGCACCGGCGCCUGCGUCACCCGCAAGGUCGUCCUCGCCGGCUCGCACGGCUACUCGACGCGCCUGCCCUCGGAGCUCAUCGAGAGCCAGUCCGUCGACGCCGAUGUCGCGCACCACCUGGCCACCAACUACGGCGACCGCGCCUGGGAGCUGCUCUCGACGACGCCCGCGGGCGCCGCCCGCCUGCUGCCCUCGCACCCCUUCACCGACGCCGAGGUGCGCUACGGCGUCCGCGCCGAGGCCGCGUGCACCGCGGCCGACCUGAUUGCGCGCCGCACGCGCCUCGCCUUCCUCGACGUCGACAGCGCCCUCCUCGCCCUGCCCCGGGUGAUUGAGAUCAUGGCCCAGGAGCUCAGCUGGAGCGCCGCCCGGCAGACGAGGGAGUGGAGCGAGACGGUCAAGUUCCUCGAGUCCAUGGGCCUGUCGCACGACCAGCUGCGCGUCAGCCGCGAGGACGUGGUCCGCGGCGAGGACAAGGCGCUGACGCCCAAGCAAAAGGCGCUGGCGAUGGGUGGCAAGCUCAACUUUGGCGUCGGCCAGAGAGAAACGAGCGGACAGUAG